AUGACCGAGAGCCCAGGGAGCUCGUCCAAAAGGACGUCCACAGGCGCUUCCUUGUGGGAGAAAACCAAGGACUACUCGUCAACAGCCUACACCAAAGCUCUCAAGCCCGGCUUCAACAAAGCUUAUGCGGUCGUGGACAAGCUUGGAGCACCUGUCAAUCGCCUGUCGAACAAAGUCGGGUCCGAAGCUUUUUGGCCGACGACACUGGACAAAGAGUCUGAGAAGGCAGCCAGAAUCCUCCGUGGCUUUUGCAAGGAUGGAUUUUAUGAACAAAUCGAUGAGAAGCAGGCAGAGAAGAUUGAAAAUCAUGCGGCGACGGUGGACGGCAUCCCACAAGGCAAACAAAGAGUGCUCCAGAAGAUACCAGCCAAGGUCAUCAGAGAAUGUGUCGGGUUGUGCAUAUACACCACGAUGCGAACUGGCUGGUUGCUCGGAGGGUCUGGUGGUGCCGGUGUCCUUGUGGCUCGGCACCCAGAGACGGGAGAAUGGAGUCCGCCCAGCGGCAUCCAGACUCAAAAUCUGUCCUUUGGCUUUCUCGCAGGGGUCGAUAUCUACGACACCGUACUGGUGAUCAACAAUUAUAAGGCGUUGGAAGCGUUUACCAAAUUAAGGUGUACAUUGGGCACAGAAGUUGGAGUUGCAGCCGGCCCAGUCGGCAUGGGAGGCAUUCUGGACACCGAAAUCCACAAACGCCAGGCACCGAUAUGGUCGUACGUCAAAAGUCGUGGCCUCUAUGCUGGGGUUGCUCUCGAAGGAAAUUUGAUAAUUGAACGAACUGACGAAAAUGAGAGGUUUUAUGGUGAGCGGGUACCAGCAUCAGAUAUCCUCGUGGGAAAGCUCCGACAUCCACCUGCCGAAAAGUACCAGAUCCUUUUGGAUACCUUGAAAGCUGCGCAGGGGGACGCGAUUGACGACAGCCUGCUUCCGCAGGGACAGGCUCCAAGUGAUAUGGAGUUAAUCACAGAAGAGACUAGAAUUUUCGGCAUUCCGGCCGAAGACGAUCCCGAUCCAUACGGUGUUAAAGCUUUGGAGGCCGAAGGGUUGACCAUCAGGGAGGCUGGAACGCAUCAGAGGCCGAGUGCUGAGGUGUUUGAGUUCAGACCUUCGCCCACCAGCCCAAUUUAUGCUCACUUCUCCCGCAAAAGUAUUGAUGGCUCCGUCAGAAGUCGAACAUGGCGAGACAGCACGCAUAGCCUCGCCAGCGUUGAUAGGGCUACGCAGACCGAUGAGGAUGAUUCGAAGAGCGCCGAACAGAGCCCGAAGAGGGCUUCGGUUCAGGUCACUGAUGCUCCACAGAGCCCAAAGAGGGACUCUCUUCAGGUCACUGAUGCUCCCGUCAAGCACAGCCAGAAUGUGGACGAUGAAACCGAACACGAAGAAGACCACGAACCAGACCAUGAAGACUCGUUCUCGGAUGUGGAAUCGGACGCCGAAAUCCAGACCGCCGUGCCAGUGAUGGCCCGGGCAAGAGUUGUGGAAGUACCCAAGCGGGCACCUCCAGCAUUACCACCUCGACAUCCUAGUCGAGUGGUGUCGCCUACGCCCACCUCUGAGUCCCGACCUCCAGUGGAUGGGUUUGACAAGAUCUCGCUCAAUGGCAGUGUGGAGGGAAAACACGAUGGUGAUGGAGCCCGGUCACCCUCGCCGACACGCGAUACGGCCGAGUCGACAUUUCAUUCCCUCCCUGUCACGCCGAGCGAAGAGCAUAAGCAAAUAUGA